GAGUGGGCGGAGCCGCGCGCCCCUCGCCCGCGCGUUAGGAGCGAGCGGUGGCAACCCCAGAGCAGAAAGAUGCUGGCUCUGGGGGUGAGGUCGCGGGCGGUGGGUGUCCCGUUGCUGCUGCUGCUUGUCCUCAGAGUGGCCGAGUUGGCGCCUCGGGUUCGACAUACGACCCAGUUUCCGCGUCGCUACACCCCCGACUGGCCGAGCUUGGACUCGAGGCCGCUGCCGGCCUGGUACGACGAGGCCAAAUUCGGGGUGUUCGUGCACUGGGGCAUGUUCUCGGUGCCGGCCUGGGGCAGCGAGUGGUUCUGGUGGCACUGGAAAGGCGAGGGGCUGGCCCAAUACCAGAGAUUCAUGAAUGAAAACUACCCGCCUGGCUUCAGCUACGCCGACUUCGGGCCGCAGUUCACGGCGCGCUUCUUCCGCCCAGAGGAGUGGGCCAGCCUCUUCCAGGCGGCUGGGGCCAAGUAUGUAGUCCUGACAACAAAGCAUCACGAAGGCUUCACAAACUGGCCGAGUCCUGUGUCUUGGAACUGGAAUUCUAAGGAUGUGGGGCCCCAUCGGGAUUUGGUUGGUGAACUGGGAGCAGCUCUCCGGAAGAGGAACAUACGCUACGGACUCUACCACUCGCUCUUAGAGUGGUUUCAUCCCUUGUACUUGCUUGAUAAGACAAAUGGCUUCAAAACACAGCAUUUUGUCCAUACAAAAACAAUGCCAGAGCUGUAUGACCUUGUUAACAGCUACAGGCCUGAUCUGAUCUGGUCUGAUGGGGAGUGGGAAUGCCCUGAUACUUACUGGAACUCCACAUAUUUUCUUUCUUGGCUCUACAAUGAUAGCCCUGUCAAGGAUGAGGUGGUAGUGAAUGACCGAUGGGGUCAGAACUCUUCCUGUCACCAUGGAGGAUUCUAUAACUGUCAAGAUAAAUACACGCCACACAGCUUGCCAAGUCACAAGUGGGAAAUGUGCACCAGCAUCGACAAGCUAUCCUGGGGCUAUCGUCGCAACAUGGUGAUGUCUGAGGUGUUAAAAGAACCUCAGAUCAUUGCGGAAUUGGUUCAGACAGUAAGUUUGGGAGGCAACUAUCUUCUGAACAUCGGCCCAACUAAAGAUGGAUUGAUUGUUCCCAUCUUCCAAGAAAGGCUUCUUGCGGUUGGGAAGUGGCUGAGCAUCAAUGGGGAAGCUAUCUAUGCCUCCAAACCAUGGAGGGUGCAAUCGGAGAACAUGACGUCUGUAUGGUAUACCUCAAAAGGAUCACACGUUUAUGCCAUUUUUCUGCACUGGCCAGAAAAUGGAAUCUUAAACCUUGCAUUCCCCAUUACUACCUCAACUACAACGAUAAUGAUGUUGGGAAUCCAAGAAGAUCUGAAGUGGUCCACAGAUCCAGCAAAAGGUCUCCUCAUCAAUCUGCCACAGUUGCCACCCUCUGCUCUCCCAGUACAGUUUGCUUGGACUGUAAAGCUGACAGGAGUGAAGUGAUAUUUGAGUUCAAGAGGACAGGGAUACCCCCCUGCUGUUUGCUGCUUCAAUUUCCUCUAAUAAAACAACCUCUCUUCCCCACCCAGAGAUGGCUUUUCCAACACAUUUUAAUCAAAGGAACUGAGUGCAUUACACUAAUGUCUUAAUCAAGCAAAAAUCUGAGGUCUAUGGCUGGUAUCUCUGUCAGCCAAAGAAGGGAUUAAACAGCUAAACUAAACUCUUGAGUCCGUCCAUUCUUACAUUUGGGAAUCCUCUACAAUGGAACCUUCCUUCCAUUCUGUGUUUGAUAGCCUACCUGCUUACUCAAUGAGUUUAGUAAAAGAAUAAGCCGUAUCACCCUGUUGCCUGUUCAAGGAGUGGAAAGGAUUUGGCAAGCUAUAUAGCAUCGGUUGUCUCCAACACUCCUCCCCCAAAGGGCAGAGGAGCCUGGAGGGGAAGGAAAAGGCCUGCCAGGCUGCUAAUGGUCAACUCUUACUAAUUUCUAAGGCAAACUAAGAGCUUCAAAAUUCAGUAUGCUUGCAGUGAUACUUUUAAGGAAAUGAAUGUGAUUCUGCUCUUUCUUUUAAAUAUGAUCAAAUAAAUUUGUAUUUUAAAUCAUUUCUACCAAAAAGCAUA